ACUAAUUAGGCGCGUAGAUUCGAGCUUCAAACGGCCGCCAUUUUGUUGUGUUUUGUUGAAUUCACAGAUAAUUUUUCAAAUUAUGGCUAGUACAAAGCUCCCUAUUCCUCAUGUCAGUGUAGAAGAUGCUGUUGCUUUUUUUAAAGUUGUAUUUGGAGAUCAGAUGGUGUUAACAGAGGAGGACUUGCGGAAACCUCAGUACCCAAAGCUGAAAAAGUUCUAUUCCAAUUUGUUGGUGAGCCAGUUAGGAAUAUCACAUGAGCAAAUUAGCCAGCCCCAUUUUGGCUCUAUGCAAGUCUUCAGCUACCCUGAAUUACAUGAGGAAAGUGCAAGUCUGUUUACUUUAACCAUGAAUUUGCAGCGUUUUAUGUAUGCUUGUGGUAUUCGGGACUUCACAGUAGAAGAUUUGCUUUCACCCCAACCCAAAAGAACUCUUCUUUGCAUUGGUGCUGUUGUCAACUUUCUAAAGUUCAGAAGUUGCCGAAAUCAUGUAUACGAGAAGUGCUUGGAAGAAAAGGAGAACAUUGAGGAGAGUCAUCACCACCUUUCAGACAAAAAUGCUGAGAUGAGACAAAAAAUAAUGGUCUUGAGGGAGAAAUUGCAAGUGGAGGAACUCCAAGUUGAACAGAUGAGACCUGAAAUAGAGGCUCGUAAAGCAACCAUUGCAGAGUUAAACAGAGAACAGGCUGCUGAAGCAAAGAGGUACAGUGACAGCAAAGCAAGACAUGCUGAGUCAACAGCCAAGAAGGCUGAGUUGCUUGUGUGUCUCGCUGGAAUGAAAGAACAGAGCGAGAGCUUGAAGUCCAAGAUUGUCAAAUCACCUGAAAGACUCAAGGGUGAAAUCAGUCGACUGAAGGGAAGUGUUCAAGCGAUCAGCCAGUGCAUCAACGAGAAGAGCAAUAGAAAUAAUGAACUCGCUAACCAAUACGAGGGUGCACUUCAACUCAAAGAGGAUAUGAAAAAUGCCCUGAAGCUGUUGAACGGAAUUGAAGCUGAGCUUGCAAAACAACGAGAGCACUCAGCACACCUGGAGGAAUGCCAAGACAAAAGCCUGACAAUGAAGGAGACCCUCAAGGACCUCACCGUUAAGCUACAGCACUUGAAGCGUCAACUAGCGUCGCACCAGGAGAAGUCCACACGAUACACCCGGCAGCACGAGAAGAAGGUGGCGGCCUUGAAGGAGCAAAUGCAGCAAUCAAAAGCGGAGGAGGCACGGUACGUACAGAAUAAUGUGGAAGAACUGAUCAUGACGGCCAAGAACAUCGAUAACAAGAUCCAAGAGAUCGUCCAAAUGGUGGAUGAGAAGGAAAACGAGCACGACCAAGAAAUGACCGCCAUGAGGGAGGCUUACUCCCAGAUGUUGGACCAGCUGGACCAGUACCAUGUGACUUUAAACAGAGCAUGGGGGAAACUUGUACAGUACACAUCCACAUAAGUUCCAGUUCAUAAAACUGUGAGCCCUUGGAGCACGGUUGCCGUCGUAGCAGCUUAGAAUCUCUUGCCGUCGAGGAACCCUUUGCGGAAGCCGCCAAAGUUGUCCUGUUGGGGUCCGCUCCUUCUUGGGCGUGGUGCUGCUGCUGCCUCUACGGGGACCACGGGAGGUGCCUCCAUCUGGGGUCCAGACGCAGAGACGGGCGUGUCCGGGGUUGUCUUGCUUGCUUCACCGCCCUCCUCAUCACCUUCUGUGCCCUCAUCCUCACCACUCUCCUAGAAAUAGACAAAAAUGGGAAAUCAUGUUAAGCAAUUGUCUUAACCAGUGCUCGAACUUUUAAAUUAUACACUACUUUUAAAUUUUAAACGGAAAGUGUCUUAAAAUGUUAAUUGAUAGCUUUGACAGCUAGUUUUUGGCGUUGUGUUAUUUAAAGUCCUCCAUUGCCAUUUUAUUUAAUCAAAAAUACAAUUUUCCUGGAACAGGCGCAUCAAGGGAUGUAAAGCAUAGAAAAUGGAACGGGUUGUCAAAGCACUAGCGCGCGCAGGUAGUGAAUUCAAUCCCUACGCGCAUUUAAAUCUGAAGCAGACUUUUUCACCAAACUCACCUCCUCUCCAUAAAAUGUGCUGAGUAAUGAUUUGCGAAAAUAGUACGCGACAGCCGCCGAAAUGCCGGCGACCGCCAGACCCGUGAUGACGGGGUGCUGACGGAUGAACCCGAACAUGGCGGAUUGCUGAAAGUUCGUUUGCGGUUUGAGGAAUAUUUAAUUAGACUUUGUGACGUCAAUAAGCCACUAGUUUCAGUCCCCAUAUGGUUCUAUUUCCAGAAAGAAAUGUGCGCGCUGACGAAGUUCUCAAAGCACACUUUCUUAGAACGUUGAAAUAAAGCAUGCGCCACCAAUUUUAACUAAGCAUUUUAAAAAUGUUUUUGACGUUCUUUAGAGUGACAUCGAGAACGUUGUAGUGUCGCAUGGUGUCUUUGAAAAGAGACAUUCUUAAAUAUAAGAAUUAAUGGAUUAAAGCAAAGUGUCAAUUGUUGA